CACUUCUGCCUUUCUUUAAGAUACCAGCAGUAUCUAGCAAAAGUAGGUGUGACUAUCUCAGAGCCCUGUAUCUAUCCAGCUACUGUUAAUUCCCUUAAAAUUGCUAAAAGUCUUCACAUCCAAUUGCUUAAUGGUCACUAUUGUUUAUGCCCAGGUGAGAGAGCAUCUCAAUCUUCCUCCAUACUAUGA